UUUCGCUGUUGCAAUGCGGAAGGAUUUUCUGAGUGAUGAGGCUAAUUUAGCAAUUGAGUUAGACGUGUUGAUGUCAUCGGGGAGGUGGUCGCACUGAAGUUUGCUUGUCGACUAAAUAGUUUCUCCAUCAAGUGAGCAUUUUCGAGUGAGAAUGGCGAGUCGGUCACGUGCCAGAUCUCGAGGCCGAGCUCGUGGCCAGGAGCCACCUGCACCUGGAGCGACUCAGGCUCGAGAGCCUGCACCAAAAGUUGCAUCAAGUGGGCUGGUUGGUCGAGGAAGGCAGCAAAGCGUCCCAGUUCCUUACAGUGAAGAAGAUGUUCUACAGAUUUCAGCUGGGUUUCAUAAGGUGAAACUGGGAGAAAGAGGCGGGCGCCGUAGAGAUUUCCAUGAUGUCGGGAUUAACACCAGACAGACAAUGGAGCAUGUCAAGGAUUCAAAGUCUGGAAUGACUGGCUCUGCUAUUCAACUGUCGUCCAACUUUUUUCGCAUUCUCUCCCGCCCUCAGUGGGUUCUAUACCAGUACUGUGUGGACUUCACACCACCAAUGGAGUCCCGUCGGCUUCGAUCAUUUCUCCUAUUUCAGCAUGAGCAAGUUCUAGGCCCAGUUCGCUGCUUUGAUGGAGCAAUACUUUUUCUGCCUCUAAGACUUCAUAACAAGGAGACUGUGCUACACAGCAAGACAAGUAAUGAUGAGGAAGUUCAGAUAACUGUCACCCUGACUAAUGAACUGCCACCAACAUCACCAGUGUGUCUGCAGUUUUACAACAUCAUAUUCAAAAGGAUUUUGAGAAUACUCGGCAUGGAACAGAUUGGACGCAACUACUACAAUGCCAAAGAUCCACUCAAUCUCCCGAAUCACAGACUGACCAUAUGGCCAGGCUAUUCCACAACCAUUUUGCUGUAUGAGUCCGCCUUCAUGCUGUGUACUGAUGUGAGCCACAAGGUGCUGCGUAGUGAGACAGUUCUCGACUUUAUGGUCAACCUGAGGCAGAGGGCUGGACCUCAUUCCUUCUCUGAUAACUGUUCCAAAGAGCUUGUUGGGCUUAUUGUCCUCACUAAGUACAACAACAAAACCUACAAGAUUGAUGGGAUCGCUUGGGAUCAAACACCCAACAACACAUUCACCAGGGGGGACACAGACAUCUCCUUCAAGAACUACUACAAAAAUCAAUAUGGCCUGGAAAUCACUGAUGGCAACCAAGUGCUGCUGGUCAGCAAUGUGAGGAGGGGUCGUCCUGGUCAAACUCCUGCUGGACCUGUUAUGCUCAUCCCAGAAUUUUGCUACCUAACAGGCUUGACCGACAAAAUGCGUGCAGAUUACACCAUUAUGAAGGACCUGAGUAGUCAUACCAAGCUGGCACCAGAACAGAGGGCUGGGCGCCUUCUCGGAUUUGCAGAGUGCAUUAAUAAGAAUGCUGAAGCACAGGAAGAGUUGGAGAAGUGGGGACUCAACUUUGAUAAGAAACUCCUAAAUCUGACUGGCCGAGUCCUCCCCUCAGAAAGGAUUAUCCAGGGAUCAAAAUCUUAUGCCUACAACCCCCGAACAGCUGAAUGGGCAAAAGAAAUGCGCGGACUGCCUGUGAUCUACUCUCCUCCUUUUCAAAAGUGGCUUCUACUUUACACUAGACGAAACAGCAGGGAAGCUCAGAGCCUCCUACAGUCCCUUCAAAAAGUCACAGGACCACUUGGGAUUCCGUUGGAUAAACCUGUAAUGAUAGAGUAUGAAGAUCAUCCGGAGUCUCUCUUGAGAACUCUGCAGCACAAUGUUGGAAAUCACAUACAGAUGGUGGUGGUGGUCCUCUCCAAUAACAGGCAGAACAACUACAACAGUGUUAAGAAAUACCUCUGUGUAGAGUGCCCCACUCCCAGCCAAUGUGUGUUGGCCCGGACCCUCGGCCGACCUCAGGCCCUCAUGACCAUUGCCACAAAGAUUGCACUGCAGAUGGCCUGCAAAAUUGGAGGAGAGCUUUGGAGCGUGGAAAUCCCUCUCAAGCAGCUCAUGAUUGUGGGCAUUGACUGCUACCAUGAUACAUCUUCGGAGAAGAGGUCCAUUGGUGCGCUGGUGGCUAGUCUCAAUCAGAACAUGAGCAGGUGGUACUCAAAGGUCAAACUGCAAAACAAAGGGCAGGAAAUUAUGGACGGGCUGAAGAUGGCCUUUGCUGGUGCACUCAAAAACUACUACAAGUUAAACAAAAGCCUUCCAACACGUAUCAUUGUGUAUCGUGAUGGAGUGGGAGACGGCCAGCUGCACAGUGUGGUCGACUACGAGGUCGCUCAGAUCAUCGACUCCAUCAAAACCAUGGGUCAAGAUUACAUGCCAAAGCUGACGGUGGUGGUGGUGAAGAAGCGCAUUACCUGCAGGUUAUUUGAGUACAGCAAUGGAAAGAUGUACAACCCACCUCCAGGGACUGUUGUUGACUCGGAAGUCACCCGUCCAGAAUGGUAUGACUUCUACAUUGUGAGCCAGGCAGUCAACUUUGGAAGUGUUUCUCCAACCCACUACAAUGUUGUGUAUGACACCAGUGGACUCAAGCCUGAUCACAUGCAGCGGCUUACGUACAAGCUUUGCCACAUGUACUACAACUGGCAGGGGAUAAUUGCAGUACCUGCUCCCUGCCAGUAUGCCCACAAGUUGGCCUUCUUGGUAGGUCAAAGCAUCCACAAGGAGCCAAAUAUGGAGCUGGAUAACCUCCUCUUUUAUUUGUAGAAGAAAGUGUGCUUGUUUGCCUCAAUCAGUUGUUCGACCUUGUUUUUUUAGUUUGUAAGGCAAAUGAAAGGCAUUUAUUUUGGUAUGUUAAGCAGAGCUGUUACAUUUCAUACUGUCGUUGUCCAACAUCAAUAGUUUUGUUUAAAGCAAAAAGAGUUGGUACUAAUUUUGUUUUGUUUGGAAAAACGAGCAUUGUAACACUUUUUUGUUCAAGAGCCAUCAAUAGAUCGCAACUGGUCUGUAUAAAUUCCUAUUAGUUAAUGUGUAUAAUAAGUAGGACAGCUCAAAAACUGAGGAGAUGCUGCUGGAUCCAAAGUCUUUAUUUUAUUAAGAGAUGGUACUACUUAUGGACUUUUAAUGCGAAAAUCUAUUUGAUCUGAAUAGUCCAGUUGUGGUUAAGUUAGAGUGCUUUGAGAAAACAAUGACCUGAAAAAUUGCAAUGUUCACAGGAAUGCUUUGGAUAUUGUCUAGCAUAAGUUGCUCAAAUGAACACUUUUCUUCAAUAAAAUAUCUCAAACCAG